UCGGUAAGUGGGGGUCAGAGGUCAGCAGGAAGUCGAUACGUGGCCGCCGCCUGUCCCCGCGGAGGAGACGCAGCAGCCGGAGAUGGCGGCGGUGCUGAACACAGAGCGACUUGAAGUGUCCGUCGACGGCCUGACGCUAAGCCCGGACCCGGAGGAACGGCUCGGUGCGGAGGGCGCCCCGCUGCUGCCGCCGCCGCUGCCGCCGCCCUCCCCUCCCGGAUCCGGUCGGGGCCGGGGCGCCGCAGGGGAGCAGCCGGAGCCCGGGGAGACGGCGGCUGGGGGCGCGGCGGAGGAGGCGCGGCAGCUGGAGCUGCGCUGGGGCUUCGGCCUGGAAGAGCUGUACGGCCUGGCUCUGCGCUUCUUCAAAGAAAAAGAUGGCAAAGCAUUUCAUCCAACUUAUGAAGAAAAACUGAAGCUUGUGGCACUGCAUAAGCAGGUUCUUAUGGGCCCAUAUAAUCCAGACACUUGUCCUGAGGUUGGAUUCUUUGAUGUGUUGGGGAAUGACAGGAGGAGAGAAUGGGCAGCCCUGGGAAACAUGUCUAAAGAAGAUGCCAUGGUAGAGUUUGUCAAGCUCUUAAAUAGGUGUUGCCAUCUCUUUUCAACAUAUGUUGCAUCCCACAAAAUAGAGAAGGAAGAACAAGAAAAAAAAAGGAAGGAAGAAGAGGAGCGAAGGCGGCGUGAAGAGGAAGAGAGAGAGCGUCUUCAAAAGGAGGAAGAGAAACGUAGGAGAGAAGAAGAGGAAAGGCUUAGACGGGAGGAAGAAGAAAGGAGGCGAAUAGAAGAAGAGAGGCUUCGGUUGGAGCAACAAAAGCAGCAGAUAAUGGCAGCUUUAAACUCCCAGACUGCAGUGCAGUUCCAGCAGUAUGCAGCCCAACAGUAUCCAGGGAACUACGAACAGCAGCAAAUUCUCAUCCGCCAGUUGCAGGAGCAACACUAUCAGCAGUAUAUGCAGCAGUUGUAUCAAGUCCAGCUUGCACAGCAACAGGCAGCAUUACAGAAACAACAGGAAGUCAUAGCGGCUGGGGCUUCUUUGCCUGCGUCAUCAAAAGUGAAUGCAACUGCACCAAGUGAUAUGAUGUCAGUUAAUGGACAGGCCAAAACCCACAUUGACAACUCCGAAAAAGAACUUGACCCAGAAGCUGCAGAAAAAGCCCUAGAGAAUGGACCAAAAGACUCUCUUCCAGUAAUAGCAGCUCCAUCCAUGUGGACAAGACCCCAGAUCAAAGACUUUAAAGAGAAGAUUCGGCAGGAUGCAGAUUCCGUGAUUACAGUGGGCCGAGGAGAAGUGGUCACUGUUCGAGUACCCACCCACGAAGAAGGAUCAUACCUCUUUUGGGAAUUUGCUACAGACAAUUAUGACAUUGGGUUUGGGGUGUAUUUUGAAUGGACAGACUCUCCAAACACUGCUGUCAGCGUACAUGUCAGCGAGUCCAGUGAUGACGACGAGGAGGAGGAAGGUAGAACCAUUGAAAACAUUAGUUGUGAAGAGAAAGCCAAAAAGAAUGCCAACAAACCUCUGCUGGAUGAGAUUGUGCCUGUGUAUCGACGGGACUGUCAUGAGGAAGUGUAUGCUGGCAGCCACCAAUAUCCAGGGAGAGGAGUCUAUCUCCUCAAGUUUGACAACUCCUACUCUUUGUGGAGGUCAAAAUCAGUCUACUACAGAGUCUAUUAUACUAGAUAAAGAUGUUGUUACAAAGUCUGGAGUCUAGGGUUGGGUAAAAGAUGGCAUUUAAUUUGGAAAUUUCUUUUGACUUUGGUGGAGCAUUGGAGUCAGUGUUUACUUAUUGAUUUUGGUCUGAUGGUUUGUAAACUCUUGUUGGGAAUAGAAUUUCCUUGAGACCUUUUAGCAUUAAUACUUUGGGGUUAAAAAGGCUUCCUCAGACUCAUCCAGCCCUUGGGUGCUGACCAACAAAGUCACUAGUGGAUGCUGAAGUUACAUGAGCUACGUGUUAAAUAUUUAAAGUCUCUGAAAUAAAACAUCCCAACAUUGACCUUACCUGGCUGAUGGUUAGUCCAUUGCUGCCUCCUCCAUAUGUUUUAUGAGAGCCCAUAGAUACAGCGCCCUCUAAUUUGAAAUCCUUAAGUUUAAUAGUCUACAUCAAGUGCAGCUGGCUUUGAUUGAAGGUCAUAACUUUUAAAAGUUAAAAACUCAAGACCUCACAGAUUAUAAUAGAAAAAGAAAUUGCCUCAAUUUGAUCUUGUUCAAGUGACCUUGAUUGGUUUUGCUUUUAGGUGUAGCUGUUUAGUGUAGAGUUACACCACAGAGAAUUACUUUCUGAGAUAAUCUUAAACUAGAAUGUGCAAACCCAUUUGAUAAUUGAAGUAUCAAGAUACAUAGAACACAUCAGACAUCCUUUGAGAGCUUCUACAAACUUUCAGUCCUUGUCUCUUUAUUUGGUAUUCAUAUUACUAGUAGCAAAAUAAAAUUAAUUGUUGUUUUGAUUUGGCUUCAUAGAGCAUCUCAAAUUGAAACUUUUCUGCACAAAGAAUACAUUUAGAGGUUUUGUAAACUCAAAUUGGCACCUACUGGAUUAAAAUACAUAAAAUCAUUUAAAUGUAAUUCAGUGUAUGGGAAAUAACUUUGCACUAAUAUGGAAAUCACUGCCAGAGACAGUCCGUUUUCUUUUAAUUUGUUACUACUAGGCACAAACCCUACAUGAUUCCAGUUUGGAAUUGCUUAUUAAAGAAAAUUGGAAAUGCACAUCCCCAUGCUUAAAUUUUAUAGCUUUAAUCUGUAUUAUGUCUUUAUUAAUGGGAAGAGGUAGAUCUUUUCUGUUUUCAGUAAAGAAAACAAAUAUGGAUUAAUUGCCUCAAAUUCGUGUGAUUGGCUAGUCUAGAGAUUCUCAUUUCCAGAUGGGAGGGUGGUCAAUAGAAAAUGACAAAGAUGGCAAUAUAUACUUAAUGUUGUUAUUAUAUGUUGUUACUGAAAUACUUAGAUUUUUAAAAUUUAAAUCAUAAAUCACUUCUUGUAGGAAGGUUUCCAUUGAUUAGCUGCAGUAUAUACAGUUCACUACAUAUGGGCUGUUUGAGUUUUUUGUGUGUUGCAUUUCUUUCUGUUUUUUAAUACCUGGUUUUAUACAUAUCUAACUCUGUUAUUUUUUGGUUGUUCAGAAACUGGAUUAUUUUCUCUUAAGCAGUGCUUAAUUUGUGUUUUUAAAUUUUGUUUCAGAAGUAGUCCCAUCUCAUAAGUAGCCAUACUGUUAUACCCAGAACAUUUGUCCGCUGUCUGUUAGCUCUCACGUACAUAUGGGAUAGAAACCAUGGAGUUGGGCACUUCCUGGCUUUUUUUUUUCUAAUGAGAAAAAUACUGUAUUUAAAAUGUAAAAUAAACUUUUAAAAAGCAGGCACUAAUAUAUAUUUCUUCCAGCCUUUGAUUCCAAAUUUGUUCUUACACAUGUUAAGAUGAAUUAUCUUCUAAAAAUGUCAUUGUUCUCGGGAGCAGUGUGUGUUACUUCAGUAGCAGCAAUUCCUGUCAGGUGUUCAUGUCAGAACAUUUUUGGUUUUAAACUUUUUUAUUGCCUUUGGCUGUUGAUUAGUACAGUACAAGUGCGAUUUCAAAAAAAAUCUUGAAAAUAAUAUAUUUAAUCAAUUAAAAUGUUUAUCUGUA